UGAAUCCCGACAACACCGGAAGCUUCUACGAAACGUCAACUUUCAAGCAUGAGAAUACGGAUCCCGGCAGAAAUGAACAUUUCGGGGAUUGCCCCAUCAACGAAGCCUUGGUCUUUGUCGUCCAUGACCAUGAAAUGGUAUCGAUUGAAGAAUUCCAUGAACUUAGAAUGGAACUUGAAUCAGGACGCAUGGUGGAAGCUUGGGUGGAUUUCUCUGAAUGUGGAAUCGGUGCAACGAAUUUCAUUCGAGGUUUCAUUGUUGACAGCUUUAAAAGCGGCAACGAUUACGUCACACUCCACGCGGCUUGGCCAGAGAAAAAUGAAGAUGACCAAGUGAGAUGGGAAGGAAACGUUGUUACUGUCUACGCAGACGGACGUGUUGAAGCAAAAAUGCUACCACCAGUAAACGAGGCCAUGAAUUCUGACGAUAUUGGCAGAACAGUCCUCAGCAAUUGCGUUGAAGCUAAAGCAGCAUUUUUCUCAAAACGAAUGGAACGUGAUGAAAAAUACACUGGAUUCGAAGACUUCAAAGACGAAUUCUUUUCUGGACACUCGUCUCUCUUGGCCACGAUAUAUGAAGACUACACGCUCAAGAGCGACGGGGAUUUCCUCGGUAACAUGAUCCGAGGACAACGUUUGGAAAGUUGGAGGCGGCGUGGCGACGAAAUCAAUUUCUCCCAAUACAGAAUUUCCGAAGGU